UGGGGAGGUGACGGCGCUGUCUCUCUCUACUGUCGGUCAGAGGAGAACAUAACGGCGGCUACGGGUGUGGCUUCAAAUGUGAUAAAUCUCUACGCGGGGGGAAAGAAUGCGCGAAAGCUUUAGGGAUUAGGACGAAUACUUACAAAUUAAUGAGAAAGAAAUCCACGGGAAAAGUGGCGGAGCUGUUCUCGGUAGCUUAACGGGCAGCGAGGUUUUCUGCGUGUGCUCCGUUUUGAACAGCUGGAAUACUUUAAAUGCUGAACUUCGUGGGCCGUUUUCGUGAGCUUGACCUGCUCUGAUGAUCCGCUGUGAGGACUAGCUGAAAGUUAGCACAGAAAAAGUUACUCACGCCGUAUUUCGGGACUAAACGGGAACACAUGUUGGCCAACAGAGCUAUUCACUAACGUGUGUUGUGAGAGUUUGAUAAAAUAUCCCAAAUUCACGUCGUUUUAUAGUCGCAGAUGAACGGAAUCCGUCACGUUUGUUGCUAAUCGGCAAAACGGGAAGUCGUCGCUUACUCAACUUCGGCGCCUUGUGUUUGUUUUAAACCCAGGGAGUGGAGGAUUUCGGACUGUUUCAUUUUUUUUUUUAUUUUUUUUUUUUAAAACCUUCCCCACCAAGCAGCAGACCUGAAGCGCGCACUGGGAACCAUGGGUUGUACUGUGAGUCAGGAAGAUAAAGCCGCGGCCGAGAGGUCCAAAAUGAUUGACAAAAACCUGCGAGAAGAUGGAGAGAAGGCGGCGAGAGAAGUGAAACUGCUGCUGCUGGGUGCUGGCGAGUCGGGGAAGAGCACCAUUGUGAAGCAGAUGAAGAUUAUUCACGAAGACGGCUACUCAGAAGAAGAGUGUAAGCAGUACCGAGCAGUGGUCUACAGCAACACAAUCCAGUCCAUUAUGGCCAUCAUCAAAGCCAUGGGCAACCUGAAGAUUGAGUACGAGGACAGUUCUAGAACGGAUGAUGCCCGCCAGCUGUUUUCACUGUCUUCAGAUGCAGAGGAGCAGGGCAGCCUGCCAGAAGACCUGUCCAAAGUCAUCCAGCGACUGUGGGCUGACGGCGGCGUCCAGAGCUGCUUCACACGGGCCCGGGAGUACCAGCUCAACGACUCAGCAGCCUACUACCUUAAUGACCUGGAGAGGAUAGCCAAGUCAGACUACAUCCCUACACAGCAAGACGUGCUGCGGACCCGUGUCAAGACCACAGGCAUCGUGGAAACACAUUUCACCUUCAAGGACCUGCACUUCAAGAUGUUUGACGUCGGAGGCCAGCGGUCCGAGAGGAAGAAGUGGAUCCACUGCUUCGAAGGGGUCACAGCCAUCAUCUUCUGUGUUGCCCUUAGCGCCUACGACCUGGUGCUGGCAGAAGAUGAGGAGAUGAACCGGAUGCACGAGAGCAUGAAGCUGUUUGACUCCAUUUGCAACAACAAGUGGUUCACAGAGACGUCCAUCAUCCUGUUCCUCAACAAGAUGGACCUGUUUGAGAAGAAGAUUGAGCACAGCCCCCUGACCAUCUGCUUCCCUGAGUACUCUGGCCUCAAUAAUUACAAGGAGGCUGCUGCUUACAUCCAGAGCAAAUUCGAGGACCUGAACAAGAAGAAGGACACCAAGGAGAUCUACACCCACUUCACCUGCGCUACUGACACCGAGAAUGUGCAGUUCGUGUUCGACGCGGUCACCGACGUCAUCAUCAAGAACAACCUGAAGGACUGCGGCCUCUUCUAAAAAGCCGAGGAAGAGCCAAGAUUACUUGAACAGUUCUGAUGACCAUGACGGGGGCUUUAUAAACACACCACGAAUAACUGCACUGUCCAACCACGAUUUCAGCUUCAAUCUAAUUUUUGUUUUUAUAAAGACACUUAAAAAACUGAAAACCCAACGGGCUUUCCAGAUUUUCUAACGAUCGUCGAUCCCGUCGCUCGUUAUCGUCAACUCUUUGGGCUUUGACCACAAAAUCAACAUCUAUUGUAUUUUAUUUUUCUUUAUUUUCAAUUGCUAAAAGAGGGGAAGGAUACUUUGUUUUUUUAUAUAAACGCCUAAAUUUAACUUUUCGAUCCUGAUGUGCAAAUUAUUAAACUUUUAAUCAUGUGAAACCUAUUUUUAAAGAUGCAGCAGAUGCUUUGACAUAAAAUGAAAUUCAUAAGAGGGGGAAAAAGUGCUUUUUUUUUAAAAAUAAUGUUUACAUUGGUUCAUCAUUCAUAGCUAAACCAUAUAUUACUCUGCAUGACUCCACAGGACCAAUAAUAUCUCUGUAAUCUGCACAAAUUAUUCUAACAUUCCUAUAAAAUGAUUAAAAAAAAUAAAUAAAGUUUUUUUUUUUUUUUUAGGAAAAAAAAAAUGGUUUCACCUGCAGGGGAAAAUUAUGACAAAAUGCUAACAUGUAUUUAAAGUUCAUGUGUACCUAACAUGCUAUCACUUUUAUACUACCAUUCAUUUCUGUGUCUGUUGCAGUAUGUUUUGUGCCUUUACUUCUGUUUACAGCCAGUUCCUUAGAUAUGCUGUCAUUACUGUUUGUCCUACUUUGCUCCUAAAUUUGUUUUCUUUCAUUUUUUUUUUCUCAGCCAAUGAUCUAUGAAUAUAUAGUGAUUAUUAAAGAGAAAUGGAUAUCUAAUUCAGAAAAAAAGGUUAGUGUUUUUGGUAAAAAAUAUUAAAAUGCUUUGAAAGGUCUUAUAUGAUUUAAUUUAAAUAAAGUAGAAGUCAUUCUUGCA